UUGGGCCGAGGUGUAAGUUGCAGGCUAGUUUGCUGUUUCGCUGUUGUUUCGUGUCGUUCCCGAUCCUAGAUGUAAACCGAUCCCCGCUAGAGUCAACCUUUUGUACUGAGAAGGGGGAGGAGAAUAAUAUCCCCCUUUCUUUUUCCUUCUUUUCUCUGGCUCUAUCGUUCUCCUUCGUCGCAAUUUUUUUUUCAGAAUUUCCUGUUUGAAAUGUUCAAAGCGGAUAUGACCGGAUCACACAGGUGUGUCCUCAACUGAAGCACAAUUUACUACGGAAACACACCUGGCUUAAUCAUGUGAUUUGGUACCUGGGCGUGGAGAAAAUAUUAAGCUGUUUUUUUUGCCGUGGGAUUUUUUUUGUUCUAAGUUGUUCGUGUAGCUUCCCGGCGUUUCAUGGAAUGGUCUUUUUUAUAUCUCAUCUUUCUGGCUUAGGGGAGUGAGUGAGUAAGAUGUGAACUUUUUCUCGCGUCGAGGAUCGUGGAUAUAUUUCGCUUUUGUUGUGUAACGGGGAAACGAAAUUUGGAUUACUUGAGUGUGUUCAACCGCUGUGCUUUCAAGACAUGGCGAGGUGGCUCCCCGCUGCCCUGCUGCUGACGUGCUUGUGCGCCAGUCGCUGCCACGCGGAACCCCCACCGGAGUUCACGUCCGACACCCACAUAAGCAACGCCGUGCGGGACCCCCGGACGGGCCGCGUCUACCUGGGCGCCGUCGACGCCGUCUACCAGCUGGACGCCGAGCUCCAGCUGCAGCGGAAGGCGGAGACAGGCCCGCGGCCGGACAGCCCCAGCUGCACCCCGCCCAUCCCCCAGACCUGCAUGGACGCCAAGCUGACGCACAACGUCAACAAGCUGCUGCUGGUGCACGAGUCCAACGGCUCGCUGGUGGUCUGCGGGACCCUCUUCAAGGGCCUCUGCUCCCUGCUCAACCUCAGCAACGUGGCGGAGCAGGUCUACUACAACGACGGCAAGGGCGAGAAGACCUACGUGGCCAGCAUCGAGGCCGCCGUGUCGGUGGUGGGCGUCAUGUCUGCCGUCUCCAAGGAGGGCGAGGACUUGCCCGUGUUCCUGGUGGGGAAGGGCUACGGCGGCCAGGACAUCAACAAGCUGAUCAGCACCCGCAUCCUGCAGGACUACCGCGACUGGGUGGUGUUCGAGAACAUCGUGGAGGCGCCCGCCGUGCAGGCCGGCCCCUUCAUGCUCAGGUACCUGCACAACUUCCGGCACGCCUUCGCGGACGGCGGCUUCGUCUACUUCCUGUUCUCCCGCACCACGGGCGGCACCGACAACAGGAACUUCACCUUCUUGGCGCGCCUGUGCGAGAGCGACGCGAAUUACUACUCCUACACCGAGCUGCCGCUGGAAUGUGGCCCCGACAACGCCUACAGAAAGGUGCGCGCGGCCCACGUGGCGACGCCUGGCACGGAGCUGGCCCGCCAGCUCUCCCUGGAGCACGGCGACAAGGUCCUGUUCGCCGUCUUCGGCGGCGAGGAGGACGGCGCCGGCUCGGCCCUCUGCAUGUACUCCCUGAAGGCCGUCAACGAGCAGCUGCAGAAAAUCAUCCACGCCUGCUACGAAAACAACGGGAAGAUCGGCACCGACCUGGCCGUCUACGCGCCUUACGGCAGCUCCGCGGACAUCUGCGGGUCCUCUCGUCCCGACCAGGCCAAGAGAUACCCGUGCGGUGCGGAAUUCCUGACGUCCCCCCUCGCCGGCAAGACAAUCUCCGCCCUGCACGCCACGGCCGUACACAAGAAGAAGGUCCAGCUGACCGCCGUGGCCAUCGCUGUGGAGGACGAGCACACCGUGGCCUUCCUGGGCACCAGCAAAGGAGAGGUGUACAGGGUGCAUUUAUCCAGCCCCCCCGUCGAGUAUGGCCCGGAUCUCGGAGACAGCUCCGGCAGCAAAGUGAACAAAGACCUCUUCUUUGACACGAGCAGCGACCAUCUUUACAUCACCACCGGGAGCAAGAUCAGCAAAGUGGCGGUGCAGGCGUGUGACCAGCAGACCUCCUGCGAGGCGUGCAUAGGUCAGACGGACCCAUACUGCGGCUGGUGCGUGCUGGAGGGCAGAUGCAGCCGGAAGCGGGACUGCGAAGGGGCGGAGGUGCAGAAUGGCUGGUUGUGGAGCCCGGGGGGGCAGUGCGUGAAGAUUGAGUCCUUCAGCCCCCCCAGCAUCAGCUGCAGGAAGACCCAGCAGGUGGAGAUCAGCAUCCCUUCCCUCCCCAGCAUCCCGGAUCCCGACAGGCUGCACUGUCGAUUCGGCUCUUUCUUCACCAGCAACGGGCUGAUGGAGGAGUCAAAGGUCGUCUGCGCUCUGCCCGAUCCAAGCCAGCUCCCACCCACCCCCGGCAAACAAGAUUUCGUGGCGGUCCCAGUGACCAUCACAGUGGACCAAUCGGUGGAGGUGGCUGCCAGGGAGUUCAAGUUCUACAACUGCAGCGCCACGGCCAGGAGGGCGGAGAACAUUCCGUGCACGUCCUGCGUGUCCAGUGAGUGGGGCUGUCAGUGGGACACUCUGACCCACACCUGCACCGACGGCGACCUUUCCGCAGGGGGCGAUCACAUCAUCAAACACCAGCAGGCCCAGAGCUGUCCGCGUUUCGAGAACCCGGACCCCAGCCUCAUUCCCGUGGGCUUCAAAACACCCAUCAACUUCACAGGAGUGAACCUGGAGAAUAAAGCGCUGGUGAUCGGCACGGACCUGAUGAAGCACGAGGAGGAAGUCGUCGUGCUGGAGGCGGGCUCUCGGUUCAAGUUCGACGGGUACGAGUUCGACUAUGACAAAGCCCAGACGGUGGACGUGCUGUUCUACGUGAAGGACCGGGACGCGGACAAGAAGAUCGACAGCAUGCUGAACGUCACCCUGUAUAACUGCUCCCGGGACCGGGAGGACUGCAGCCUGUGUAAGAACGCGGAGCCGGAGUACGGGUGCGUGUGGUGCGCCGGAACCAGGACCUGCGUCUACCACCAACUCUGCGCGGAGGAGGCCACGGUGUGCCCCGACCCAACCAUCGCCGAGGUCAUCCCCAGCUACGGCCCACUGAAAGGGGGCAUUCUAGUGACCAUCAAAGGGUCUAACCUGGGCAUCAAAAAGGAAGAUAUCAAGAGCAUCACCGUGGCCGGGGUGCCCUGCUCUCACCAGCUGGACAGAUACUCCGUCUCCACCAGUGUGGUGUGUGAAGUGGGCCCGGUGGACACCCCCGACACCGUCACAGGGGAGGUGAAGGUGGAGGUGGAGGGGGGGAAGACUGGGACGUCUACGGUCCAAUUCACCUACAGGGACCCCAAGCCUGAAGCGGUUCAUCCGACAAAAGGUCCGAAAGACGGCGGGACGGUGAUCACCAUUUCAGGCACCGACCUAGACACAGCCGCCAAGGAGGACCUCCGCAUCACUGUGGGGGAAGUGAACUGCUCUGUGGAGUCGUUCGGGAGUGACAUCACGUGCAGGGUGGGCACAUACAUGGGUUCGACGGUGCCCUCCGGCCUGCUGACCGUUACGGCGAAGUACGGAAAGAGUACCAGCGUGGAGGUCCCCGAGGCGUUCCAGUUCUACCCGAACCCCAAAGUGGUGGGCCAUCAUCCCACGAGCAGCUUCGUAUGCGGGGGAAGAACGAUCGUGGUGACCGGAACGGGGUUCGACCUCAUCCAGAGGGCGUCCAUGGUGGUCCGUCACUCAGCCGACGAGUGCUCGAGUCCGCCUAACCCAACCAAGACUCCCCAGGAGUUUGUGGAGGAGGCCCUGAGCAAAAACAACACGGCGCUGUACUUCCACUCGCCGGCGGUGGACUCCGCCAAGUGCCUGAGUGCCUACGUGGCCCUGGACAACGUGCAGGCCCCCCUGGAGUCCUUCAGCUACCACCCCAACCCCCAUUUCGACGACAUCACUAAGAGGGUCAUCACGGAGAACAGCAUCAUCUCAGUCACUGGCCGGGGUUUCACGGACGCCAUGACCCGCGAGGAGGCGCAGGCGUUCGUGGGAGACGCGCUGUGCCCGGUGACCUCCCUGCAGAAAGACCGGCUGUUCCUGGACCCGCCCCCCACGCCGCCCAAAGCCAAAUCCAACCGGCCCAAGAGGGACACCAGCGAGGAGCUGGAGCUGAUGAUUAAGUUUGGGAAGGGAGAGUGGGUGGUGGGCUCGGUCGAGUACGAGAAGAAGUACGAGGCGCCCCUGGCCAUCAUCAUCCCCGCCAUCAUCAUCCCCAUGGUGCUGAUCAUCGCCGUGUCCAUCUACUGCUACAGGAGGAAGAGCCAGCAGGCGGAGAGGGAGUACGAGAAGGUGAAGAACCAGCUGGAGAACCUGGAGGAGAGCGUGCGUGACCGCUGCAAGAAGGAGUUCACAGAUCUGAUGAUUGAGAUGGAGGACCACACCAGCGACCUGAGCGAGGCCCGGAUCCCCUUCCUGGACUUCAAGACCUACACGGACCGGGUCUUCUUCCUGCCGUCCAAGGACGGCGCCAACGACGUAAUGAUCACGGGCAAGGUGGACAUCCCCGAGGCCCGGCGGGCCACGGUGACCCAGGGCCUCAACCAGUUCUCCAACCUCCUCAACAGCAAGACCUUCCUCAUCAACUUUAUCCGCACCCUGGAGGGGCGCCCGGACUUCAACGCCCGGGAGAAGGUGUACUUCGCCUCCCUGCUGACGGUGGCCCUGCACGGGAAGCUGGAGUACUACACCGACAUCAUGAGGACCCUGCUGCUGGAGCUGAUGGACCAGUACGUCCACAGCAAGAACCCCAAGCUCAUGCUCCGCAGGUCAGAGACAGUGGUGGAGAGGAUGCUGUGCAACUGGAUGUCCAUCUGUCUCUACCAGUUCCUGAAGGACUCUGCCGGGGAGCCCCUGUACAAGCUGUUCAAGGCCAUUAAGCACCAGGUGGAGAAGGGCCCCGUGGACGCGGUGGUGAAGAAGGCCAAGUACACCCUGAACGACACGGGCCUGCUGGGAGACGACGUGGAGUACUGCACGCUGUCUGUGCAGGUCCUGGUGCAGGCGGAAGGGCCGGACGUCACCUUGGUGAAGGUGCUGAACUGCGACACCAUCUCCCAGGUGAAGGAGAAGAUCAUCGAGCAGGUGUACAGGAACUUGUCCUACUCCCAAAGACCCAAGGCCGACGGUGUCACUCUAGAGUGGCGCCCCGGCUCCACGGGGCAGAUCCUGUCAGACCUGGACGUGACAUCACAGAAAGAGGGCAGGUGGAAGCGGAUGAACACCUUGGCGCACUAUAACGUGCGAGACAACGCUACCUUGGUCCUGUCCCGGGUGCCGCACCCCCCGCAGUCUGUCAACCAGCACCAGGACAGCCACGAAGAGAAAAACGCCCUGCUGGACGAGGACAAGGUGUUCCACCUGGUCCGCACAGCAGAGGAGCUGGACGAGAUCAAGUCCAAGAGGGGCAGCGUGAAGGACAAGUCCAUGACCAAAGCCAUCACCGAGAUUUACCUGACCCGGCUGCUCUCCGUCAAGGGCACGCUGCAGCAGUUUGUCGACGACUUCUUCCGGGGCGUCCUGUGCCCGGGCAUGACGGUGCCCCCGGCGAUCAAGUACUUCUUCGACUUCCUGGACGAGCAGGCGCUCAAGCACGACAACGUGGACGAAGAGACCGUCCACAUCUGGAAAACCAACAGCUUGCCACUAAGAUUCUGGGUGAACAUCCUGAAGAACCCCCACUUCAUCUUUGACGUUCACGUGACCGAGGUGGUGGACGCCUCCCUGUCGGUCAUCGCCCAGACCUUCAUGGAUGCCUGCACCAAGACCGAGCACAAGCUCAGCCGGGAUUCCCCAAGCAACAAAUUACUCUAUGCAAAGGAGAUCUCCACUUACAAGAAGAUGGUGGAUGAUUACUACAAUGGCAUCAGGCAGAUGGUGCCGGUCAGUGACCAGGACAUGAACACGCACCUGGCGGAAGUGUCGCGGGCCCACACAGACAAACUCAACACACAGGUGGCCUUGCAUCGACUGUACCAGUACGCAAGCAAGUACUAUGACCAGAUCAUCGCCUCUCUGGAAGAGGACCCUGCCGCUCAGAGCAAGCAGCUGACCCUGAGGCUGCAGCAGUUAGCGGCUGCCCUGGAGAACAAAGUGACGGACCUCUAACGUCAUGGGAAGGGAGGGUGGGGGGGAGGGGGGUACCAGAGCUCAGUACUGAUGCAGGGCUUAUUUUAGCAGUCCAAAGGUACCGAAAAAACUCAGGGUGGGGAGGGGGGCAGGACAAAACCGCCAAUCGCUAAGCGGGAGACUUUUUCUUAAGACGUAGCUUAGAAACCAGGCCUUAACCUCCUUCUCCCCAUACUGCCACAGGCUCGCGCUCUCACAGCGGCCAGCCAGAUCCUCCCCCACGAGCCCAUCGCGGCUGGAGACGCCACAUCCCCCCGCGUAUCAUUCCAGUGGCAAACGUCACAGCAGAAAUAAGCCCUGCAUCUUUCACCGGCUUUAAUAAUAAGAUGUUGAAUUUCUUCCUGUGUAGAAAAGAUUGAGAAUAGUAUUAUAUAUAUAUAUUUUUUAAUCGUGCAGUCUUUAUCCAGAAAGCUUUAUAAGAGGAAAUUAACUUUUUAAAAACCGGUUUUAUUUCUAUUGCGUUUAUAAAGAGGCCAUUUGCUUUAUGUAGAACCGUCACUUCUGAAACCUGAUCAUGGCCGACAAAUCGUGAAUGAUUAUCGUGUUGUUAUUAUUAUUUUUUAAAAGGUUAUUUUGAAGAUUGUUAUUGUUUUUAUUCUAUGAAAUCAGCUCUUUUGCUCUCAUGUACCCGGCAUACAGUCAUAGUUACUAAAACCAGGCAGCGCUGGUGUUGCAGAUUGAAAGGUUUACUGGGAUGUUUAGAAUGUUCAUUUUUCCACAAAACCCAGGCAGUCUCUCAAAUAGUCCGCUAGUUCCAUGUAUAGUAGACUAACUAGAGUGUCGGCCAUUUUGUGUAAAAUGCCUUGGACUGAACUCGACUGUGUGUUUGCAAGUUUCGUGCCCUGCGCUCUUAUACCACGUGUCUGAACAUUCUCUUUAGUGGACCAAUUUAGUUUGCAGAUUAAAGCUUUGGAGAAGACCGCGUAGUUAGUCCGUCUCGUGCAAGCACUACAAUCUCCUCCUCAGUCUUUCAGUUUGUUAAUAAUAAGGCAGGCUUUGUCUCUCUAGUGAAAUAUUCUGUGAAACAAGACUGAGAAAUCUUCAAACAAACGGUCUAAUUAGUUAGCUUUUACCGUGGAACGCACGCUUAUAUCAUAGAGGUUACUGCUACUUAUGUGAAAGCACACUGUGGACGAUCGCUAACGUAAGGGUGUAAUUUCUGAGCUGUCGGAGUGUACGUAGCCUACAGUGAAACUAGAAUGAAAUGACCGCAAAACAACACGACAAUGUGAAGUCCUGAACUUGGGACCGCCAUCGUUCUCGACCAUCCUGGUGCAACCUUGAGUUCUUCCAGCUGCUUUUGUAAAACCUUAGUGCCGUGUUACCAUCCUUUCGCAACUACGUUGUGCAGCAAUUCCGGCAGAGGAAACGGCGAAAUUGUUACGGCAGACACUCAACUCAUAAAUAAGCAUAAAUUAAAGGGAAUCCGCGCAUUUUUGUUUUUGUGUUUUUUCGAUUGUGUAACUGCAAAGCCGCCCCAGUUAGCCGUCAGUACUGAGCCGUUGAAGUUCAGUGACUGCAUUCCUGAUCUCGCCUAAAUGUCUCCUUGGUUUUAAUUUGAAGAUCACCGUUAAAACAGCAGUGCCAUAAACAAACUUAACCUGUAAUUAAUUUAAGAAAUUGCUUUGUAUCCAUAGUCUAUUUUUGUAGUUUUAAAGGAGGCAUAAAUUGAAAAAGUGGAAAGAGCUGUGUAGCUGAAUGGUACGUGAAUUUUAAUGUGAAUUUUAAAAAUAAUUUUCCGUAUUUAUUUUGACGACUUUCGUAAACUUUCUUUCUUCAGAUUGAAAGGGAACCUCCACUGGGGGCGGGGGGAAAAAAACAAAAAGUCAAAACUCAGAGAAUAAAUGAUAAAUUGUUGGUAAAAUUUCAUGUGUGCGCAUUGUGCUGAAAACACAGUAGAGCAGCAUACCUUGGGACUGCUAUCUCUGGCUCAAAGGUGUUCCCUUCUGAAGGGAAGUAGCAUUAUUGGUCACUAAUUUGCAAUCAUUUGUUCCCCUUCGCCUUUGUAUCAAGUCAGGGACUCACGUCCACUGACGUGACACGUCUCACUACUAACCGUGAGCUUAAAACAAUGUCACUAACUUCUGCCAUCUUUUAAAGACACAGCUACAGGAAAAAUGGCCCUUCGUCAUGCAGGAAACCAUAACUUGGUGGGUUUCUGGCCAGGUUAAGGCACCAUGCUAUGGUGCAUGGAUGAGCCACGUGGUCUUGGAUCAAAUCUGGACCAUGACAGUGCCAACUGGGGCUGGUAGCUCCGUAGGGCAAUGGAGGGUUCGGUCAGAUAGGGAUCCGCGUUUCAUCGCUCUCAGGAGACCCCCGCUGGUUGACUGAGUACCCGUGGACUGCAGGCUAAAGCAGCACAUGAAAGGUCUUCCUCUGACUCCGCUCUGUACGAGCUUAGCCGUGGUCUGCGGUGUGAAAAGAAGCACCUGGCAACACCACAAGUUUCAGGGGAGAACCGUGGAUGUCACUCCCGAACCGGCUGGGUGGUCUCGCAUUAACAAGCCUGCGGCAGCAGCUAAUUGGCUGUUCCAAAUUAGGGUGGGAAUUGGACAUUCUCAGCCCCACAUCGAGCACCAAAUUAUUCUUUUUUUAAAAGAAAUAAAGAAAAGGCAACAAGCCCUAGAUACCGGAUACCAGAUAGCAAACACCCCAAGGGAGACGAUCGAGUCAGAAAUCCCAAAAUAAUCCGUUGUCAAGCGAAAGCCAUUUUUCCCUAAGAAAAGGGAGCAGCUUACCAUUCUUUGCCAUUCCGAGCAUUACGAGUCCGUGUUUGAGCCCAUUUCCGGUGUACGUUCCCUUUUAAUCCACAUUAACACAUCCUGCGGACGCUGGCUGCAUGUGCUCCACAUCAAGGUUUGAUGGCAGCUUCCACAUCUGGCUCCACCCCACAGUACAGAAUAGGUUUCCAGUGGGAGGGGACUUUUAUCUCAAUUACUUCUGAACUACAGGCUUAAUAAUUCCAGCGCUGACCGGAACGUUUUCUUCUUUCUGUCCUUUAACCGAAAUGUGCCUUAGUAACAAUAAAAGUGAGAAGGGUAAUGUUUCAAAUUAUAAGGAUUCAGCAAUGUUUUUGCAGCCACAGGGGGGCGGUACUAAUGCGCGUUGAUAAUUGCACGCCAGUUCGAAUGCGUUUGGACCGAACAAAUGCGGACGGUCUCUUCCUCACUGUUCAAAGCGCGAAUUUGCUCAGGCGUCUGUCCAAAGGUACCAGGAGAACCUCGAAUGGCAAACGCAUUUGACACCUAUGAAAUUCGCAAGAAUGGGAAAAUUGAGUAAUUUAAACUUUCAGUUUAUAUAGUCAGUUUAUAGCCUUGUGUUACAUGUUCUUUCCUGAAAACUGACCUUCCAAAAUGUUCCUCUGUAUGUCUGAGAAGAUAUCUGUGUAUGUAUCUGUACUCGACAAUAAUGACCUUUUUACUGCUGUGCAGUUGUUUUAAUUUCCCGGUUUCGCAUAGCGUCUAGCGAUUGUGAACAUGUAGACAUGCUGUGUUCCGAUGGUGUAAUCCUAUGCACGGUGCCUUAGGAGGCUCCCCGUUGUUGUGCCGUUGUCGAGAACCUUUGCUUUCUCUUGUGAAUGUGAAACGAUAUCGGACAGCGGGAAAGCGCAGUCGCUACGUAACAAACUCCCGUCAUCUCCUCCCGUCCGAGGCAGCCGCAGACGGCACUCUGAUGAAACGCACCGCGGCCCUAUCUCGUCCGUGCAGGUCUCGUCCAAGCGCUCGGAGGCUGGAAGAUGGAGUGCUCGGUCACAGGCUGUGUCACGCCCGCUCCCCGCGGAAUAAGGAGAACACUGGGAUGGGGGGCGGUUUUGUUAAGGAUGGAGUCCUUUGCUCGUUUAAAGCCUGUUUUGGGGACAGCUCUUGACUGUGUUCUUUGGACUGCAGUUCAAGUACUUUAGUACUGAAUUGGGUGAUUCACGUGCCUCUUGACUUCAUUUUCAGUCCUCCAGCCACACCAGGCUGGCCCAUAAUGCAACAGCCAACCCCUUCCCCCUCCCCGAGCAAUCGCCAAGUUUACCAACAUUUGCGUUCUGUUCAACAAAACCGGCCAUCAUUUGAGGGAAUAUGUGGAAAAGAAAAUGUACGCGUUCGCUGUUUUAUUGUGAACUGCUUGACAUUUUCUUAGGAGACCUUCAGCAAUGGCCGUGAAAGUGUGUCAAGAAAUCUUCUCUUUAAACCACUAACAGCUUCUAAAGAUAAAUAAAAAAAAGAUGAAAGAA